AUGGAUUCUGCAAGGAGCUGGUUUAAGAAACUCCAACAUAAGAAUGAAAAAACAGAAAAUUCACCAAAGAAAAAGAAAGACAUGGAAAAUGCGAGGUACGCACAUAAGCCUCCUAUCGACGGGGCUGAAGCACCUUCAACUGCCACCAAGCAGAAGGUUGCAGCUGCGAAGCAGUAUAUCGAGAACCACUACAAAGCUCAAAUGAAGAAUUUGCAAGACAGAAAGGAGAGACGUUGGAUGCUAGAGAGGAAACUUGCUGAUGCUGAAGUUACUGCAGAAGAGCAAAUGAAUAUGCUUAAGUUUUUAGAGAAAAAGGAAACAGAAUACAUGCGACUUCAAAGACACAAGAUGGGUGUUGAUGACUUCGAACUUUUGACCAUUAUAGGGAAGGGUGCAUUUGGGGAGGUAAGGCUUUGUAAAGAGAAAGCUACUGGCAAUGUGUAUGCCAUGAAAAAACUCCAGAAAUCAGAGAUGCUUCGCAGAGGCCAGGUUGAGCAUGUCAAAGCAGAAAGGAAUCUCCUUGCUGAAGUUGACAGUGAAUGCAUUGUCAAGCUUUAUUGCUCAUUUCAAGAUGAUGAAUAUUUGUAUCUUGUAAUGGAAUAUCUCCCUGGGGGUGACAUGAUGACGUUACUGAUGCGGAAGGAUACCUUAACUGAGGAUGAAGCUAGGUUCUAUGUUGGCCAGACUGUUCUUGCAAUUGAAUCCAUCCACAAGCACAACUAUAUCCACAGGGACAUCAAGCCUGAUAAUUUAUUGCUUGACCGUAAUGGCCAUAUGAAACUCUCGGACUUUGGAUUGUGUAAGCCUCUCGAUAGUAGUAGCUUUCCUGACUUUAUAGAGGAUGACCAUGGAGGGGGUAGACAUUUUAAAUCCUCAGUGGAGAUUGGUAGACAUUCUAAUUUUCCUACGACACCUAGGCGGACACAGCAGGAGCAGUUGUCACAUUGGCAAAAGAAUAGGCGAACAUUGGCUUAUUCAACAGUUGGUACUCCUGACUACAUUGCCCCAGAAGUUUUGUUGAAGAGAGGAUACGGGAUGGAAUGUGAUUGGUGGUCGCUUGGGGCAAUUAUGUUUGAGAUGCUUGUAGGAUACCCACCUUUCUACUCUGAAGAACCUUUGUCGACAUGUAGGAAGAUUGUAAAUUGGAAAACCCAUUUGAAAUUCCCUGUAGAAGCCAAGUUAUCUGCUGAAGCUAAAGAUCUUAUCUGUAAACUUCUUUGCAAUGUUGAGCAGAGACUUGGAACCAAAGGGGCGUAUGAAAUAAAGGCACACCCAUGGUUCAAAGACAUUGAUUGGGACAUAUUAUAUCAAAUAGAAGCUGCAUUUAUACCAGAGGUUAACGGUGACCUGGAUACACAGAACUUUGAAAAGUUUGAAGAGGCUGGAGCUCAAGUACAAACUUCAACAAAAUCAGGUCCCUGGAGAAAGAUGCUUUCUUCAAAGGAUGCAAAUUUUGUCGGUUACACAUACAAGAAUGUUGAGAUUGUCAAAGAGCAUCAUCUUCCAGGCAUUGCUGAGGUGAAGAAGAAAAGCAAUACACCCAAGAGACCUUCUGUGAAGUCGUUGUUCGAUACUCCAGGACCUCCCGAACCCCCAACGAAGGGGAGCUUCCUCAACCUUUUGCCGACUCAACCAGAGGUACCUGAAAGCGCCUUGUCUGAACAUCAAUCUACUAGAACCACACAAUAUCCUCGGAAACCUUUUCAAAGAUAGCAGAAUGGUGCUAUAUAUAGGUAAACUAUGCAAAUUGUGGUAAUGAGAAUCUUCUCCAUCGUUGCAACUCGGCAAUGGGUCAUCGUAUGCUUUAACACUAAUCUUUGUUCAAUCAGAUUUCGAAAUAGCAUAUAUAUGAUCAUUCAUGCUGCAUCGUAUAUAGAUGAUGUAAGGAGUUAGCGUUCUUCCUAUAAAUAUUUUUAAGCUAUGCUUUCGGAAUCGAUUAUCUACCAUGUUUGUAUUCAUGUUGAAGAAAUGGCCAAGGCAGAAGAUGAACUGAUUAGUGUAGUA